AAAACAAUGUGUGAAAAACACGUUUAGUUCAUGAGCCCUUUCUCCACUGGGUGUGUCAAAAUGUGCGACAGUAAGCUUCCUUCCUCGUUAUAGCUGUGCGUAGAGGAUGAGCUCUCAGAGGAUGGAUGGCUGCACAUACUUCAGCAUCACUUACAUGAGGAGGCUGUAAGAGCUGCAGAACCAGCAGGAGAGGGAGUUUGAUUGCCUGACGAAAGACAAAAGAGUCUUCUCAGUGAGAUUCGAACCAAACCUCUUAAAACCAAACCCAUUUUCAAUCAUGGAAUUCAUGCACACGCUCAGCUCCUCAGCGUCCUGCCCAGACUUGUACAGCCGGAGCAACGGCAGCAUCAUCCUGCAGCAUUAUAACUACACCGGGAGACUGCAGAACAGAGCAUCAAACAAGAGCAGCAUCAGCACAGGUUCAGCGGUCCUCCUCUGCAUCAGCGUCCUGAUCAUUUUGGAGAACCUGCUGGUGCUGCUGGCUGUUCUGUUCCGCGUGCGCAUGUGCCACCGCUGGCUGAACAUCUGCAUUGCCAACAUUGCGCUCAGCGAUCUGCUCACAGGUGCAGCCUAUGUGGUGAACAUCUGCAUGUCGGGAGGGCGCACUCUGCAGCUCAGCCCACUCCUCUGGCUCCUGCGUGAAGGACUCCUGUUUGUGGCGUUGGCCGCCUCCGUGUUCAGUUUGCUGCUGAUCGCCGUGGAGCGCUAUGCCACCAUGUUGAAGACGGAGUCUGAGAACAGGAACAGGAAGACAUAUCGGAUCUAUAUCAUGGUGGUGUUGUGCUGGGUCAUGGCGCUCAUCAUCGGCUUCCUGCCACUGUUUGGAUGGAACUGUGUGUGUGACCUAAGAGGCUGCUCGACUCUCCUGCCGCUGUACUCCAAGACCUACAUCCUGUUUGCGCUGGUCAUUUUCUUCAUCAUCCUCCUGACCAUCGGCGGCCUAUAUUUCGCCAUCUACUGGCACGUCCGCAGGAACACGGUGACGAGCUCAGUGAAGAGCAGAAAGCGGUCCAUCCGACUCCUCAAGGCUGUGAUCUCCAUCGUGGGCGCGUUCAUGCUGUGCUGGGGCCCAUUAUUCAUCCUGCUUUUGGUAGAUUAUUACUGUUACUCGCGUCUCUGCAACGCCCUCUUCAGCCCACAGUGGGUCAUCGCGCUAGCCGUCCUCAACUCAGCCGUCAACCCGCUCAUCUACUCACUGGGCAGCCAGGAACUGCGCAAGGCCAUCAGCAGCCUCCUGUGCUGCAUCUGCCACCCGGAGAACUUCUCGUCCAAGGAGACGUCCAGCACAUCAGUGAGCCGCCACAGCAGCCUGCGCAACAGCUUCAACAAGGUGCGGAACCUGAGCACGAGCCCACAGAGCCAGGAAAGGAGUGGCAAGAAGACCAGGCUGAGCUCCACUACCUCCUGCCUGUCUGCGUCAAGCAUUUAAACCACAAGUUUCACACAUAAACCACAAGGGAGUCACACACCUACACCUGAACCCACACACCCACACACACACACACACACACACACGUACACGUACACGUACACGCUCACACACACACACACACACAUUUUUCUUGAAACUAUGAGAAUGUUUUUUAAAUCAUCAUUUUACAUUUAAUCUGUGAAUUUUUGGUCUCUCAGGAACAAGCACAUGUGUGUUAGCAGACAACUUUUGUGCAUUUUUUUUUUAUUUUGUUAUUUCUUGAAUUGUGAAAGUACUUUGAGUAAUAUAUUUUUAAUUAAUAAAAAAAAGAAAGCAAAACAAAAAAGUAAUAAAAAUCUAAAAAAAUACUUUUGUACUAUUAUUAUUAUUAUUAUUAUUAUUAUUAUUAUUAUUAUUAUUAAAUGUACAAAAGCAUUUAAUAAGAAAUUAUCAUUAUUUAAAAAAAUAUUUAAAAUUUUUAAAAAAAUUAAUAAAAUAUAACAUUUUUUUCAUAUUUUGCAGUUAAAAAAGGGUUUUAAAAAAAAAGAAAUGGAAACCAUACAAAAACCUUUAAAAAAAUGCAAAUUAUGUUUCAUAUCUUAAACUCAUAUAAAUGAAAUGUAUGUUUUAUGACUUAUACUCACCAAAAGGCUUUGAAUGCAUACAGAAACUUUGCAGGAGAAAAUUAUGUAACUGAAUGCUGAAUAUUUUUGUACAUGUACCUUAUUAUUAUGAAAUGUUUGCACUUUUCUGCUGUAAUGUAAUAUAAGAGCUCUAUAUCUGAAAUAAAGAGAAAUAUUUAGUGA